AUGGCCGCCUAUAUUUCCAGUGACGAUCCUCAGGCAAAAGCCAUGGUCGAUGGUGAGGUCAUGAUGAAUGCGCAUCUCGCCAAUUUCCGCAAACAUGGGCCGCCACCUCCCAACUAUCGUGUCGAGCGCAAAGAAACGAAUCUCCAAUCCGCUAAAGCCUACCUCAUUCAGUACCAAGAGCUUUCCAGUACUCGGACAAGUUAUGAUCACCCACUUUCUGCUAAAGGUCUUGAGAAAAAUCCGAAUCCCAUCAUACACAACGAGCCUGAGCUUAAUCGCCCGAACUGCCCCGGUAUUGUCGAUGCACCUAUCAAGUACAAAGCUUCUGCUCAGAUGAAGUGGAUACAUUUUGAGACUUGGACAAAGGCACUUGCUGCAGCACUGGCCUCUCAGAAACAAGUCAGCAAGAGUAACAGGGAAUUCUACUACCCUCCUGACCGCGGGAGUCUUAUCUUCAAAAAUGAGCCCAGCGUCUCUAUUGUUGCACGUGCCUAUGGGGCUAGCUUGGUUGUCAUCUAUCCUUUUGUCAGCAAAAAUAAAAGCCAUUUCAACCGGAUCUAUGACAUUCAAAACCGGCCGCCUAUUCAUGCCAGAUGGUCCACAGGGCUACGAGCGACAUUGCCACCACUGGUUCUUGGGCGUCUUCCCAAGCAAAACCUCACAACAGUCGGUGCUGCCAAACCCUAUGAUGUUAUGUGCUUCUUGAUUGAUAUCAACAUGGUCAACCGACCGGCCUGGCAUGUCGGCUUAUACCACAAGUUCAACAUCCAUGAACUUGCGGAGAGAAUGGGCUUUCCGAUGAACGACUUGAAACCAGAAGUCUUUUUGUGCAAUCAUCUGGAGGCCGACUGCGAGUCCCAGAAGAUUCCCAAACCGAUGCCUUUCACCUACGACCCAAACAAGCUUCCAGAGUACAAAGCCAAAUACCCAAACGCAACUAUGACGUUUGAACGUCUAACCCAGCUGACCCUGAAUUCUCAUAUGAAGGCGAACAACAUCUCCAUUAGGCAAUACGCAGAAGCUUGGAACGAGGCAAUCGGGGCCAUGAUCUGUUACCAGCUGGACAGGACGGAUGCGAAAUGGCUGGAAUUCGCGGCCAAGAUGGAGGUUGCACGCAAGCUUCCGUUCUGA